CUGGGCCGGGGGGAGUGAGCGCGGCGCUCUCGCGCGCCCGGUGUCUCCCUCUCGCUGCCUCUGCAGAAACAGCUCCUGCCAGAGCGGCGCUCGGCGCGGCGCGGCGGGCCCGGAGCGGCGGCGGCGGCUCUUCCUGCCUCCGCGCCCAGGAGUUGCCGGCUCCCUUUGACAGCAGAGAGCCGGGCAGGGGCCUCAGGAGGACUCGCUGGGAGUGGGCAGAGGCGCCUCGGCCCCUGCCGGCCCAGGCGGGCCCCGCGCGCCCCCCGCCCCUCCUUUCCGCCUCUUCUCGCCCUGCCUCUCCCGAUUUAUUUUUUCAAAUGGUGUAGCCGCCAGAGGUGCGGUGCUCAAUUCUUGGAAGGGGCCCGGAUGUACUGAGGAUGCAUUACAAUUUCACUCGAGGAGGCAGUAGUGGAAAGGAGCAGUUUUUGGGGUUUGAUGCCAUAAUGGGAAUCAGGUAAUCAUCGGCAGGGAAGAAGAAACGCUGCAGACCACGGCUUCCUCGAAUCUUGCACGAAAGCCGCGGGCCUCGGAGGAGGGAUUAAUCCAGACCCGCUGGGGGGUGUUUUCACAUUUCUUCCUCUUCGUGGCUGCUCCUCCUUUUAAAACCAUUUUUGGUCCAUGGUCAAUGAGAAUACGAGGAUGUACAUUCCAGAGGAAAACCACCAAGGUUCCAACUAUGGGAGCCCACGCCCCGCCCAUGCCAACAUGAAUGCCAAUGCGGCAGCGGGGCUGGCCCCUGAGCACAUCCCCACCCCGGGGGCCGCCCUGUCCUGGCAGGCGGCCAUCGACGCAGCCCGGCAGGCUAAGCUGAUGGGCAGCGCUGGCAAUGCGACCAUCUCCACAGUCAGCUCCACGCAGCGGAAGCGGCAGCAAUAUGGGAAACCCAAGAAGCAGGGCAGCACCACGGCCACACGCCCGCCCCGAGCCCUGCUCUGCCUGACCCUGAAGAACCCCAUCCGGAGGGCCUGCAUCAGCAUUGUCGAAUGGAAACCAUUUGAAAUUAUUAUUUUACUGACUAUUUUUGCCAAUUGUGUGGCCUUAGCGAUCUAUAUUCCCUUUCCAGAAGAUGAUUCCAACGCCACCAAUUCCAACCUGGAACGAGUGGAAUAUCUCUUUCUCAUAAUUUUUACGGUGGAAGCGUUUUUAAAAGUAAUCGCCUAUGGACUCCUCUUUCACCCCAAUGCCUACCUCCGCAACGGCUGGAACCUACUAGAUUUUAUAAUUGUGGUUGUGGGGCUUUUUAGUGCAAUUUUAGAACAAGCAACCAAAGCAGAUGGGGCAAACGCUCUCGGAGGGAAAGGGGCCGGAUUUGAUGUGAAGGCGCUGAGGGCCUUCCGCGUGCUGCGCCCCCUGCGGCUGGUGUCCGGAGUCCCAAGUCUCCAGGUGGUCCUGAAUUCCAUCAUCAAGGCCAUGGUCCCCCUGCUGCACAUCGCCCUGCUUGUGCUGUUUGUCAUCAUCAUCUACGCCAUCAUCGGCUUGGAGCUCUUCAUGGGGAAGAUGCACAAGACCUGCUACAACCAGGAGGGCAUAGCAGAUGUUCCAGCAGAAGAUGACCCUUCCCCUUGUGCGCUGGAAACGGGCCACGGGCGGCAGUGCCAGAACGGCACAGUGUGCAAGCCCGGCUGGGAUGGUCCCAAGCACGGCAUCACCAACUUUGACAACUUUGCCUUCGCCAUGCUCACGGUGUUCCAGUGCAUCACCAUGGAGGGCUGGACGGACGUGCUGUACUGGGUCAAUGAUGCCGUAGGAAGGGACUGGCCCUGGAUCUAUUUUGUUACACUAAUCAUCAUAGGGUCAUUUUUUGUACUUAACUUGGUUCUCGGUGUGCUUAGCGGAGAGUUUUCCAAAGAGAGGGAGAAGGCCAAGGCCCGGGGAGAUUUCCAGAAGCUGCGGGAGAAGCAGCAGCUAGAAGAGGAUCUCAAAGGCUACCUGGAUUGGAUCACUCAGGCCGAAGACAUCGAUCCCGAGAAUGAGGACGAAGGCAUGGAUGAGGAGAAGCCCCGAAACAGAGGCACUCCGGCGGGCUUGCUUGAUCAGAAGAAAGGGAAGUUUGCUUGGUUUAGUCACUCCACAGAAACCCAUGUGAGCAUGCCCACCAGUGAGACCGAGUCCGUCAACACCGAAAACGUGGCUGGAGGUGACAUCGAGGGAGAAAACUGCGGGGCCAGGCUGGCCCACCGGAUCUCCAAGUCAAAGUUCAGCCGCUACUGGCGCCGGUGGAAUCGGUUCUGCAGAAGGAAGUGCCGCGCCGCAGUCAAGUCUAAUGUCUUCUACUGGCUGGUGAUUUUCCUGGUGUUCCUCAACACGCUCACCAUUGCCUCUGAGCACUACAACCAGCCCCACUGGCUCACAGAAGUCCAAGACACGGCAAACAAGGCCCUGCUGGCCCUGUUCACGGCGGAGAUGCUCUUGAAGAUGUACAGCCUGGGCCUGCAGGCCUACUUCGUGUCCCUCUUCAACCGCUUUGACUGCUUCGUCGUGUGUGGUGGCAUCCUGGAGACCAUCCUGGUGGAGACCAAGAUCAUGUCCCCACUGGGCAUCUCCGUGCUCAGAUGCGUCCGGCUGCUGAGGAUAUUCAAGAUCACGAGGUACUGGAACUCCUUGAGCAACCUGGUGGCAUCCUUGCUGAACUCUGUGCGCUCCAUCGCCUCCCUGCUCCUUCUCCUCUUCCUCUUCAUCAUCAUCUUCUCCCUCCUGGGGAUGCAGCUCUUUGGAGGAAAGUUCAACUUUGAUGAGAUGCAGACCCGGAGGAGCACAUUCGAUAACUUCCCCCAGUCCCUCCUCACUGUGUUUCAGAUCCUGACCGGGGAGGACUGGAAUUCGGUGAUGUAUGAUGGGAUCAUGGCUUAUGGCGGCCCCUCUUUUCCAGGGAUGUUAGUCUGUAUUUACUUCAUCAUCCUCUUCAUCUGUGGAAACUAUAUCCUACUGAAUGUGUUCUUGGCCAUUGCUGUGGACAACCUGGCUGAUGCUGAGAGCCUCACAUCUGCCCAAAAGGAGGAGGAAGAGGAGAAGGAGAGAAAGAAGCUGGCCAGGACUGCCAGCCCAGAGAAGAAACAAGAGUUGGUGGAGAAGCCAGCAGUGGGGGAAUCCAAGGAGGAGAAGAUUGAGCUGAAAUCCAUCACGGCUGACGGAGAGUCUCCACCCGCCACCAAGAUCAACAUGGAUGACCUCCAGCCCAAUGAAAAUGAGGAUAAGAGCCCCUACCCCAACCCAGAAACUACAGGAGAAGAGGAUGAGGAGGAGCCAGAGAUGCCUGUCGGCCCUCGCCCACGACCACUCUCUGAGCUUCACCUUAAGGAAAAGGCAGUGCCCAUGCCAGAAGCCAGCGCGUUUUUCAUCUUCAGCUCUAACAACAGGUUUCGCCUCCAGUGCCACCGCAUUGUCAAUGACACGAUCUUCACCAACCUGAUCCUCUUCUUCAUUCUGCUCAGCAGCAUUUCCCUGGCUGCUGAGGACCCGGUCCAGCACACCUCCUUCAGGAACCAUAUUCUGUUUUAUUUUGAUAUUGUUUUUACCACCAUUUUCACCAUUGAAAUUGCUCUGAAGAUGACUGCUUAUGGGGCUUUCCUGCACAAGGGCUCUUUCUGCCGGAACUACUUCAACAUCCUGGACCUGCUGGUGGUCAGCGUGUCCCUCAUCUCCUUUGGCAUCCAGUCCAGUGCAAUCAAUGUUGUGAAGAUCUUGCGAGUCCUGCGAGUACUCAGACCCCUGAGGGCCAUCAACAGGGCCAAGGGGCUAAAACAUGUGGUUCAGUGUGUGUUUGUCGCCAUCCGGACCAUCGGGAACAUCGUGAUUGUCACCACCCUGCUGCAGUUCAUGUUUGCCUGCAUCGGGGUCCAGCUCUUCAAGGGAAAGCUGUACACCUGUUCAGACAGUUCCAAGCAGACAGAGGCGGAAUGCAAGGGCAACUACAUCACGUACAAAGAUGGGGAGGUUGACCAUCCCAUCAUCCAACCCCGCAGCUGGGAGAACAGCAAGUUUGACUUUGACAAUGUUCUGGCAGCCAUGAUGGCCCUCUUCACCGUCUCCACCUUCGAAGGGUGGCCAGAGCUGCUGUACCGCUCCAUCGACUCCCACACGGAAGACAAGGGCCCCAUCUACAACUACCGUGUGGAGAUCUCCAUCUUCUUCAUCAUCUACAUCAUCAUCAUCGCCUUCUUCAUGAUGAACAUCUUCGUGGGCUUCGUCAUCGUCACCUUUCAGGAGCAGGGGGAGCAGGAGUACAAGAACUGUGAGCUGGACAAGAACCAGCGGCAGUGCGUGGAAUACGCCCUCAAGGCCCGGCCCCUGCGGAGGUACAUCCCCAAGAACCAGCACCAGUACAAAGUGUGGUACGUGGUCAACUCCACCUACUUCGAGUACCUGAUGUUUGUCCUCAUCCUGCUCAACACCAUCUGCCUGGCCAUGCAGCACUACGGCCAGAGCUGCCUGUUCAAAAUCGCCAUGAACAUCCUCAACAUGCUCUUCACUGGCCUCUUCACCGUGGAGAUGAUCCUGAAGCUCAUUGCCUUCAAACCCAAGGGUUACUUUAGUGAUCCCUGGAAUGUUUUUGACUUCCUCAUCGUAAUUGGCAGCAUAAUUGACGUCAUUCUCAGUGAGACUAAUCACUAUUUCUGUGAUGCAUGGAAUACAUUUGACGCCUUGAUUGUUGUGGGUAGCAUUGUUGAUAUAGCAAUCACCGAGGUAAACCCAGCUGAACAUACCCAAUGCUCUCCCUCUAUGAACGCAGAGGAAAACUCCCGCAUCUCCAUCACCUUCUUCCGCCUGUUCCGGGUCAUGCGUCUGGUGAAGCUGCUGAGCCGUGGGGAGGGCAUCCGGACGCUGCUGUGGACCUUCAUCAAGUCCUUCCAGGCCCUGCCCUAUGUGGCCCUCCUGAUCGUGAUGCUGUUCUUCAUCUACGCGGUGAUCGGGAUGCAGGUGUUUGGGAAAAUUGCCCUGAAUGAUACCACAGAGAUCAACCGGAACAACAACUUUCAGACCUUCCCCCAGGCCGUGCUGCUCCUCUUCAGGUGUGCCACCGGGGAGGCCUGGCAGGACAUCAUGCUGGCCUGCAUGCCAGGCAAGAAGUGUGCCCCAGAGUCCGAGCCCAGCAACAGCACAGAGGGUGAAACACCCUGUGGUAGCAGCUUUGCUGUCUUCUACUUCAUCAGCUUCUACAUGCUCUGUGCCUUCCUGAUCAUCAACCUCUUUGUAGCUGUCAUCAUGGACAACUUUGACUACCUGACAAGGGACUGGUCCAUCCUUGGUCCCCACCACCUGGAUGAGUUUAAAAGAAUCUGGGCAGAGUAUGACCCUGAAGCCAAGGGUCGUAUCAAACACCUGGAUGUGGUGACCCUCCUCCGGCGGAUUCAGCCGCCACUAGGUUUUGGGAAGCUGUGCCCUCACCGCGUGGCUUGCAAACGCUUGGUCUCCAUGAACAUGCCUCUGAACAGUGACGGGACAGUCAUGUUCAAUGCCACUCUGUUUGCCCUGGUCAGGACGGCCCUGAGGAUCAAAACAGAAGGGAACCUAGAACAAGCCAAUGAGGAGCUGCGGGCGAUCAUCAAGAAGAUCUGGAAGCGGACCAGCAUGAAGCUGCUGGACCAGGUGGUGCCCCCUGCAGGUGAUGAUGAGGUCACCGUUGGCAAGUUCUACGCCACGUUCCUGAUCCAGGAGUACUUCCGGAAGUUCAAGAAGCGCAAAGAGCAGGGCCUUGUGGGCAAGCCCUCCCAGAGGAACGCGCUGUCUCUGCAGGCUGGCUUGCGCACACUGCAUGACAUCGGGCCUGAGAUCCGACGGGCCAUCUCUGGAGAUCUCACCGCUGAGGAGGAGCUGGACAAGGCCAUGAAGGAGGCUGUGUCCGCUGCUUCUGAAGAUGACAUAUUCAGGAGGGCCGGUGGCCUGUUCGGCAACCACGUCAGCUACUACCAAAGCGACGGCCGGAGCGCCUUCCCCCAGACCUUCACCACUCAGCGCCCGCUGCACAUCAACAAGGCGGGCAGCAGCCAGGGCGACACUGAGUCGCCAUCCCACGAGAAGCUGGUGGACUCCACCUUCACCCCGAGCAGCUACUCGUCCACCGGCUCCAAUGCCAACAUCAACAACGCCAACAACACCGCCCUGGGUCGCCUCCCUCGCCCCGCCGGCUACCCCAGCACGGUCAGCACUGUGGAGGGCCAUGGGCCCCCCUUGUCCCCUGCCAUCCGGGUGCAGGAGGUGGCGUGGAAGCUCAGCUCCAACAGGGCAAGGCACGUUCUGGUGUGUGAGGAUCUGGAGCUCAGGAGGGAUUCAGGCUCAGCAGGGACUCAGGCUCACUGCCUUCUGCUCAGGAGAGCAAACCCCUCUAGGUGCCACUCCCGGGAGAGCCAGGCAGCCAUGGCGGGUCAGGAGGAGACGUCUCAGGAUGAGACCUGUGAAGUGAAGAUGAACCAUGACACGGAGGCCUGCAGUGAGCCCAGCCUGCUCUCCACAGAGAUGCUCUCCUACCAGGAUGACGAAAAUCGGCAACUGACGCUCCCAGAGGAGGACAAGAGGGACAUCCGGCAAUCUCCGAAGAGGGGUUUCCUCCGCUCUGCCUCACUAGGUCGAAGGGCCUCCUUCCACCUGGAAUGUCUGAAGCGACAGAAGGACCGAGGGGGAGACAUCUCUCAGAAGACAGUCCUGCCCUUGCAUCUGGUUCAUCAUCAGGCAUUGGCAGUGGCAGGCCUGAGCCCCCUCCUCCAGAGAAGCCAUUCCCCUGCCUCAUUCCCCAGGCCUUUUGCCACCCCACCAGCCACACCUGGCAGCCGAGGCUGGCCCCCACAGCCCGUCCCCACCCUGCGGCUGGAGGGGGUUGAGUCCAGUGAGAAACUCAACAGCAGCUUCCCAUCCAUCCACUGCGGCUCCUGGGCUGAGACCACCCCCGGUGGCGGGGGCAGCAGCGCCGCCCGGAGAGCCCGGCCCGUCUCCCUCAUGGUGCCCAGCCAGGCUGGGGCCCCAGGGAGGCAGUUCCACGGCAGUGCCAGCAGCCUGGUGGAAGCGGUCUUGAUUUCAGAAGGACUGGGGCAGUUUGCUCAAGAUCCCAAGUUCAUCGAGGUCACCACCCAGGAGCUGGCCGACGCCUGCGACAUGACCAUAGAGGAGAUGGAGAGCGCGGCCGACAACAUCCUCAGCGGGGGCGCCCCACAGAGCCCCAAUGGCGCCCUCUUACCCUUUGUGAACUGCAGGGACGCGGGGCAGGACCGAGCCGGGGGCGAAGAGGACGCGGGCUGUGUGCGCGCGCGGGGUCGACUGAGUGAGGAGGAGCUCCAGGACAGCAGGGUCUACGUCAGCAGCCUGUAGUGGGCGCUGCCAGAUGCGGGCUUUUUUUAUUUGUUUCAAUGUUCCUAAUGGGUUCGUUUCAGAAGUGCCUCACUGUUCUCGUGACCUGGAGUUAACCGGAACAGCGUCUUCAUUCAUUUCUGUUGGGACAAGACGCGGAGCCUGGGUGCGUGAGCCGCCCUCCGGGAGGAAGGCGCCCGGCUGCGUCUGCAGAGGCGGGGAGAGGAGGCGGCGAGGGUCCCGGGGCGCAAGGAAGGCGCCUGCCCUCUCCCAGCCCGCAGGCCCCGGGCCCGGCCGCGCCUCUGCGGGGAGAGCACCCCGGCUUCCCGCGCGCCCUCACCAAAAGGACCCUACAGCAAACGGGUGUCUUUCGACUCUGCUUGUAGAAACCAUUUGCACAUAUUCUGUACGAGCCUCGCUGUCUCCCCAGAGCCAGGGCCCUGCGGAUUUGGAGAAGGGAGUGGGGCAGGACUUCCAGGAGGACCCCAGCCCGGCCCGGAGAGGGAGGAGGAGGAGGAGGCCUCCAGGGGCGCGGAGCUUUGGGGAUGGGCGUCGGGCCGGCAGUGGUGCCGCUCACUCCGUCCCUGCCCACCUGCGACGGGAUCCCCCGACCGGCGCGGGCCACGCCGAGCUCCCGGCCAGCCGCCGGCCCCAGGCAGCGCGAGGGAGGAGCUGCGCCGCCGGGAAGGGGCCGCCGGCUCCGCCCAACCAGGUGGUGCUGAGCUUACGCUGAGCGCUCUUUUGUUUUGUGGUUUGACACUUUUCUUGACAGCAUGUUGCAGUUUCUUUUCGGUUUUGGUUUUUUUUUUUUUAUGUUUUAUUUUGUUUUCCCAGGGGGAGGGGAGGAAGAAGAGUGUUUACAAAGUCCUGUAGCCCCCUCACCUUUCUGUUUUCACUUUUGCCAAUGUACAUCGGGUUUGGUUUUCUUGUAUUAUUUAAACGGUUGUGGUUUCCUUUUUCCACGGAGGUUCAAUAGAAGCCGCUGCAGGAGAGUUUUACCAACCAUUGUGUAUGCCCAAUAAUUUGUUAUCAUUUCCUUAGGUAGUAACCUAUUUUUGUUCUGGUUUGGUUCGGUUAUCUAAUGGAAAGGUAACUGGCAAUGCACUUGAUGUGGUUGCACAUGUGGGUGAUAGAGUUGGGUUCCUUUUUAUGCUGGGUGUACAGGUGGGUUUGGGAGAGAGGAGCAUGCGCGAGAGAGUCUCCGAGUGUGUGCGACGCGUGUGUGUGUGGUGGGUUGUCUGUGUGCAUAUGUCCUGCCUGUGUAUAUGCACCCACACCAUGUGCCCGUGCACACCAGUGACUACGCAGUCCCCCCUUUCUGGUUUAGCUGUGGGAAGAUCUGAAUCUGGGGCCAUUUGAAAGCAAAAACAAACCACUGUCUCUGCUUCUGAAAUGGGAAUCAGUAACUCUUUGCAUUUUCUGUCCCACAAGAUAUGCAAAAACAAUGCAAUAAUAUUCAUUUAAAAAUACAAUUGUGAGUUGUGUUGGCAUUAAAACUGUAUUUUAAAAAAAAAGACACAGAAAUUUAAGGGAAAAACACAAGAAGGCAUUUUGCUUCAAUAUAUUCCGUGUAAUGUUUUAUUGCAUUGAUAAUGUUUCUGUUGAAGAAACCGUUAUACUUGAAUUCAGGUCAGUUUCAGUAUUUUUCAAAUAUUUUUUUAAAACUGAAUUGCAAUUGUGUCAAGCGAAUAUAAUGAAUUGAAUUAAGUUGGUUUUCGGAUUCACUUCUUGUAUAUUUUGCUGCAUGUAAAGUAAAUCAUUUUGUAUUUGGAGUGUGACAAGCUUUACCUUUGAACUCUUAAGUGCUUUUCUAUAUGUGGUUGGGGGAAAGGGAACAAGUUUUCUUUAGUUUGCACAAUGAGCAAAGGUAUCACCACUGUAGUCAUUAUUCUGCUCUCCACAAACAGGUUUGGACAUUACUGUUUUGCAUA